CCGCCAUGCGGGAGCGAUGAGCGCAGCCGCCGCCCGGCCAUGGAGGAGGAUUUGUUCCAGCUGAAGCAGCUGCCGGUGGUGAAGUUCCGCCGCACGGGGGAGAGCUCGAGGUCGGAGGAGGAUGGAAUUUCGGGAGAGCACGAGGUGCAGAUCGAGGGGGUGAGGACAGAGCUGGAGCCCGUGGAGCUGGGGGAUGGAGCUGCAGUGCCCAAGGAAUUCGCCAACCCCACGGAUGAUACUUUCAUGGUGGAAGAUGCGGUGGAAGCCAUUGGAUUUGGGAAGUUCCAGUGGAAGCUCUCUGUCAUUACUGGAUUGGCCUGGAUGGCAGAUGCCAUGGAAAUGAUGAUUUUAAGUAUCCUUGCUCCUCAGCUGCACUGUGAGUGGCGCUUACCCAGCUGGCAGGUUGCAUUGCUCACCUCGGUGGUGUUUGUGGGAAUGAUGUCCAGCUCCACGCUCUGGGGAAACAUUUCAGACCAGUAUGGGAGGAAAACAGGCCUAAAGAUCAGCGUGUUGUGGACACUCUACUAUGGGAUCCUCAGUGGAUUUGCUCCCAUUUACAGCUGGAUCCUGGUGCUGAGGGGCCUGGUGGGCUUUGGGAUUGGAGGAGUGCCUCAGUCGGUAACUUUAUAUGCUGAGUUCCUUCCAAUGAAAGCCAGAGCAAAAUGCAUUUUAUUGAUAGAGGUGUUCUGGGCCCUUGGGACUGUGUUUGAAGUGCUCCUGGCAGUGGUGGUGAUGCCCACACUCGGCUGGCGCUGGCUCCUCAUCCUCUCUGCCCUCCCACUCCUGCUCUUUGCUGGCUUGUGUUUUUGGCUGCCAGAAAGUGCCAGGUACGAUGUGUUAUCUGGGAACCAGGAGAAAGCUCUGGCCACCCUGAAGAGGAUUGCCACGGAAAAUGGAGCUCCAAUGCCCUUGGGAAAGCUGGUGGUUUCCAGGCAGGAGGACCGAGGCAAAAUGAGGGAUCUUUUCACUCCCCAUUUCCGCUGGACCACGUUGCUGCUCUGGUUUAUUUGGUUUUCCAAUGCUUUUUCAUAUUAUGGCUUAGUUUUAUUAACUACAGAGCUCUUCCAAGCAGGAGAUGUUUGCAGCAUAUCCAGCAGAAGGCAGGAAGUGAAAGCCAAGUGCAGCCUGACCUGUGAGUACCUGACAGAGGAAGAUUACACUGACCUGCUCUGGACAACCCUGUCAGAAUUCCCUGGUGUGUUGGUGACCCUGUGGAUCAUCGACCGCAUAGGCCGCAAGAAAACCAUGGCCUUGUCCUUCCUUGUCUUCUCCUUCUGCAGCCUCCUGCUCUUUCUCUGUGUUGGAAGAAAUGUUCUUACUGUGCUGCUCUUCAUUGCAAGAGCUUUUAUUUCAGGAGGAUUUCAGGCUGCCUAUGUUUACACCCCUGAGGUUUAUCCCACAGCCACACGUGCUUUGGGCCUGGGAACGUGCAGUGGAAUGGCCAGAGUGGGAGCCCUCAUAACCCCGUUCAUUGCACAGGUGAUGUUGGAAUCUUCAGUCUAUCUGACUCUGCUGGUUUACAGUGGCUGCUGCCUGCUGGCUGCCCUGGCCUCCUGCUUCCUGCCCAUCGAGACCAAGGGCCGUGGCCUCCAGGAGUCCAGCCACAAGGAAUGGGGCCAGGAGAUGGUGGGCAGAGGAUCUCAUUCCCCAGGGGAAUCGCAGGAAUGACAGGACAUGGAAACCUGCUGGAAGAAUGAAGGAUAGGAGCGAGAUGUCUCACAAAACCUCUGAGUCCGAAGCAUGGGAAGCUGACCACCAUCACUGCCAACGUCACGUGUCAAACUGCAGGAGUCUGGGGUUGAACCCCAGCAAAUUGUGUUGCUGCUGCUCUUUGCUCACCCUCAUAAAAACUUUCUGGAUGGAGAGGCCUUUGAUCCAGAUAUCAUUGGAAGUUUAGCAGGAGGGGUUUCUCUUCAGUCUGUCAUGCUUGCAUGGUCAGCUCUUCAGCUUAAAGUGUCCCGUGCCAAGCAAAUGCCAAGUGACUGCAGCCCAGCAUAAGCUGUCAUUAAAACACUGAGCUCUCGAUGCCUAAAACCAAGAGGUUCAUGUUUAGUGUGGCCCUGGCCUGGCACAGGGUGGAUUCCAUCCCCUACACUAUGGAUUAAAUGCCUGCCUUGCACUUUUAGCCAUCAAAACCACCACCAAAAUGUGGUUCUGGCAAACCAAC